ACAUCCCAUAUUCCUAACUAUCCAGAUAUUCAGUUCCCCACCAGAAUUCCCCCCUAGUACUGCCGAUAUUUAUCCCGGCCUCGUUUUACUUUCAAGCUCCGGCGGCAGUCCUUGAAGGUCUUUCGUCUCGAUUGCUGCAGCCUCAAUCGACAUUUCUAUCAACGCAUCGUCAUUGCCAUCAUGCCUCCUACUAGCAGCAGCCCUUAUGGCACGCGACAGAUGGCACACGGGCACUCCAAUAGUUGGGAAGUGGUAACAAGGCCCAUGGCGUCGACUCCGCCGACUCGGAGCCCGACUCGUAAUCCGCGCGGGUCGCCUCAGUCAUGCGGCAAGGCUCAGGCCGUCGGCGCGACUCCGCAAACCCCUCGGCAGCCAUGCUUCACGCCCGAGCGCGCCGACUCGCCAUCGUCAGCAUCGUCAGCAUCGUCAGCAUCCCCGAGGAGUCCUGGACGGUCAUCACCGACGAAAAUCGUCACUAGUAAUAAUAAUGUUUCCCUGGCAGGAGCGGCGCUCCCCGCGGCUCCUCCUGCGCUCAGCGCCCGGCCCCGGCCCGCUGCUCGUGCCGUGACACGGCAAUCCAGCCCCACCGCCGCCGGCGGCGCUAUUAGUGCUACGACUGCUACGAAUGCUACCACGUUCACAGACGACGCCAGCGAGUUUCCGCCGCCGCCCACUCCGAGUCGGGCUCCGAGCCGGAGCGGGGUUCACCGUCGAGUCGCUUCGGCGGGCAUGGAGUUAACGACAGGAGCUCCCCGCGCCGCACCAUCCGUUCUGAACGCCGAAUCGUCAAGGGUAUUGAGUAGCAACAACUCGGGGAACAAACCGACGCGGCAAACAACUCCGAGUCGGACGCCGCCGUUGAUGUCCGAGGCGCUCCCAUCUCCUAGAAGUUCUAGACCUGAAUCUGUGCCGAGGCGCGUAACAAGCUUGGACAUGACAACGUCGCUGCCUGUCCCCGUGGCGUCAGCACCAUUCCCGUGCCACGUGGCGACCUCUCCUCGUGGCCUGCAGGCGCAGCGCAGACGGAGCCAGGGGUCUCCAAGAACCCCCGAGCAGUUCCAUUCCCCACCCCAUGCGGUGGACGGUAACCCGGCAUUUCGCUUCCUUCGCCUCUCUGAAACUUCGCUUUUUGAGUACGAGUCGCGCAUGCAACCAUCGGCGCAACGAGGGAGAAGCGGGCGCGGGGAAGAAUCAACCGCUGGCGCAACUUCCGUGCUCGACUUGGAUAUUCCGCUUGCCUCUCCAGUUGCGUGGUCACCUGUGAGGCACAGCACAGAGGCCAGUGCAUGUGCAAGUGCGACCACCCCGCGCGGCAUUCAGUGCCCAAGCACUCCCGCCGCAAAUCGCCGUAACACCAGCAAGCGAGAAACCAGCCCCAGUUGGGCGAGUUCGGAUUCAACCGCGAAAGGUUUGGCAAAUAAAGUCGCCGCGCGAGGAGGGAAGAUCCCGCCUCGGGCCUCGAGUAUGCCGAAUCUACGAUGUGCGAGGGCCGUGGCGAACACGAAGCGUGUUACAUUCAUGAACUAUGUGGAGGUUUUCGAGUUCGUUGCUUAGGCUAACAGCCUUUGUAACAACUCUUACAGAUGGAUGGAUGGAACUUUUCUAGCAGGCCUGACCUAAUACAGGCUUUCUAGGUCUGGUUUUCCAGUCUUUGAAGUUUCUUUGUGGUAUACUUCCGUACUUUUUUUGUGGUAUACUUUCUUACUACUGGAUUCUAGUAGCGUUCGGACAGAGGACGUGCCUAUACAGUUUUAUGCGGUCUGACAUGACAAGUCUGCAUCUCAUCUUGUUUAUG